AUGAGCGAAGUGACGUCCUCGGUUGAAAAAGCGGAAGUUAUUACCAGGCCCAGGAAUAAGUUGGGUGAGGAUGAAGACAUGAUUGAGCUGCUUACAUUCGAGAGAAACAUUAUGCUGGACACUUAUGCUGAUGAUGUUCUUUUUGUCUUUGCCAGUGGUUUGGGAAUGGAGCGUUUCAUCCUUCACCAUCUACAUUUAUAUUGUGAUCCACAGUUAUUGGUAUUUAUUAUCAAUACGACUCCACAAGAUGAUACAUAUUUCCUUUCUCGCUUACGCGAUUCCAAAGUUAAAUGCCCACCAAAGAUCAUCACAGCAGAUUGCUCCAUAAAGGAUCGGGAAUCACUGUACAUGGAAGGAGGGAUACAAUUCAUUACGUCACGGAUUCUGAUGGUUGACCUCUUGCAAGAACGCGUCCCAGUAAAGAAUGUGGCUGGUAUCAUUGUCCAUCGCGCGCAUCAGUUGCUAAGUGGGUUUCAAGAAUCAUUCAUCCUUCGCUUAUAUCGAGAAAGGAAGGCGGGUGGUUUUGUUAAGGCAUUCAGUGACAAUCCGGGAGCAUUGUCUGGUAUGGGUGUUUUGCAACGAUUGUUGAAUCGAUUAUAUAUUCGAAGAGUUAGACUUCUGCCAAGAUUUGAUGUAGAUGUGAAAAGUUCAUUAGAUCCUUGUUCUCCACAUAUGAUAGAAAUAACACCUGACUUACCGCAUGCGAUGCGAAAGAUUCAGUCAUUAUUGGUAGAUAUAAUACGUACUUGUGUUCGAGAACUGAAACAGGCUUCAUUAUCAGCAGAUAACAUCCCGGAUGAAGAAAGUAUGCAGCCAGCUUCGGGUCUUUUGCCUUCUUCACUAGAAAUACAACUGAAAGGACGACAUUUCUCCAUUACUGAAAAGCAGCAGCGCCUUUUAGCUGAUCUCAAACAACUUCGAAAUCUUUUAUACAAAGCUGAAGAACUGGAUCCAAUUACUCUUUACUGCUCUUUGGAUGAAGUCAGAAAUAAUAAAGAUCUGAUUACAACUAAUAGUGGUUGGUUGUUCACACAGACAGCCUCAAAGCUAUUUGCGGAAGCAGACAGAUUGUGCAAAAUUAAAUCUGAUACUAAACAAAGUGUGUUAGAGCCACCAAAAUGGAAAGCACUUCUUAAAAUUUUAGAGGAGAUCAAAAUCAAUUAUAAAAUGGAAAGGAUGAAUUCUGAGAAAGAACCAACGGUGUUAUUAAUUGGUGCAGAAAAUGAGGUGUGUCGACAGUUGAGAGACAUCGUCAGUUGGGGUGUGGCAAAAUUUUUAUGGAUAAAAAAUGAGCAGCUGGGACAAAAGUUCAUUAAUGGAAAAGGGGAAAUUGAACCAGAAGCACAACCUUCAUGGGAUCCUUUACAAAUUGUUCUUUUCGCUAAUAAUAGCGAGGGCGAAACAGGUAGUGAAAUCAUAAAUAAUCUGAAGGUCUUGCAAAAAGAAUUCACCCAACGGAGUCGCAAAAGACGUCGUUUAUUUGAAGAUAUAAAGAAGAAGCAUGACUCAGGCAAACAGGCUCGACUCAUGCGUUUCGGCAUAGUGCAAAUUAAAAAGAUGACAAAAGAAGAGGAAAGUGCAUCUACUUCGAAUAUAAAUGUCGAAGAUGAUCAGUCUGGAAAUCCAAGUGAUUCGGAAGAAGUUGGAAUUCAGAAUCAAGAUCCUCUUCUAGUCAUUGUCCCUUCUGGUGAUCGAUAUAACCUCAUCAAACAACUAGAAACCUUCGAACCACAAAUUGUUAUUCUUUAUCAUUCCGAUAUGGUAUCCCUUCGCUUAUUGGAGAUGUACAAGGCAUGCCACUCUCACAUACCGUUAAUAAUCUAUAUUGUAAUGUACGGGAAUUCAAAUGAAGAAGAGCGUUACCUCUGCUCACUGAGGAAAGAACAAAUUGCCUUCGAGGAAAUGGUGCGGGAGCAGGGGACGCUGAUGUCCGCUAGGGAAUAUGAAACAGAUCGUGAAGAAUCGCACAGAUUGAUACUUAUGAGAUCAACGAGAGAUGCUGGUGGAAGAGCUAACCAAAACGAAGGAAACCCAAAGGUGAUAGUUGAUAUGAGGGAAUUCCAGAGCGAAUUACCAACAGUGCUUUACAAGCGAGGUAUAGAUCUACUGCCAGCUACCAUUGAAGUUGGAGAUUACAUUCUCUCGCCAAAUAUAGCUGUUGAAAGAAAAGCUCUCGAUGAUCUUACUCAAUCACUUCAUAGUGGUCGCAUCUUCAAACAAAUUGAACAGAUGCUUCGUCACUACAAAAAUGUAAUUCUGCUUAUUGAAGCAAAUGUCAAAGAUGACUACAAAAAAGUUAAUGGUGGUCCCUUCCAAGGAGAAUUAAGUCGUCGUUGUCGUGAAACGCGAUCGCUUUUCACAGUUUUGGUGAGAGCAUAUCCAGCUAUGAAUGUUAUUUGGACUUUAGAUCCUGCUCAUUCAUCCGAAAUGUUUGAAGAGCUAAAACUAAAUGAGCCGGACCCUGACCUGAUUCAAGCAUUAGCGGUUAAAAGUGAUCUCGAGGAAUGCACUGAUUUACCUGAUUCUGAAUCAGGUGAUAAGGCAGUAUCAAGGCGUUUAAAUUCUGUUUUACAUCGGCAAAUGACACGCCUACCACGUAUUUCUAGUGGUGAAGUGACUCGCUUGAUGAAAUGUGGGAAAAUGAAAUGUUUAUUGGAUGUUGUCAACAGUGAUGUGGACGAACUUGCAAGUGUUUUAAGUAACAAAGAGCUAUCUUCUUCAUUACACUGUUUUUUCAAUACUGAUUUAAAGUUGAAAGCGUUAAUGCAAUAA